AAAGAAAAAAAUUAUGCAUAUUUGUACAAUUAUUCGGACAAGAAGAACAAAAAGCGAAACUUCGAUUGAAUCAGAUUCCCAUCUAUAACUCAAACUCCAUUCUGUUCUGAUCAGAUCACAGUCCCCGAGAUUCUUGCCACAAUAUAUUAUCAAAGCCCAAAAAUGGCAGGGACUGUCUUCACUCCUGCAUUGGUAGAACUUGAGCAUGUAAAGUCUGAGCAAGGAGAAAUUCUGAGCAAGCCAUUCUUGGAUGCGUGCAAGCACAUAUUGCCUGUAAUAGAUAAAUUUGGAGCUGCUAUGGCCCUUGUUAAAUCUGACAUAGGUGGUAACAUAUCGAGAUUGGAAUCUUUAUAUUCUUCCAAUCCGACGAGAUUUAACUGCCUUUACAGUUUGGUACAAGUAGAGAUUGAAACUAAAACAACUAAAUCAUCAUCCAGUUGUACCAAUGGACUGCUUUGGUUGACAAGAGCAAUGGAUUUCUUGGUGGCUUUGUUCCGAAACUUAAUCGAGCACGAGGAUUGGCCUAUGUCACAAGCAUGUACAGAUUCCUAUAACAAAACUCUGAAGAAGUGGCAUGGCUGGCUUGCUAGUUCAAGCUUCACUGUAGUCAUGAAGCUUGCUCCAGAUAGGAAGAAGUUCAUGGAGGUGAUAGGAGGCACUGGCAAUAUCAUUGCUGACAUAGAGAAAUUUUGUACAACCUUUUCUCCUCUCCUUGAAGAGAAUCACAAGUUUCUGGCUCGUUUUGGCUUGGACGAUAUGAAGGCAUCAUGACUAUGUAUUGAUGGUUAGUAGUUCAAAAUGAGUGGCACUUGCAUGCUUAUUCUCAUUUCUUAUUGAGCUUUUAAACUCUGCUUCACCUUUGGCAUCUGGAUCAAGUACCACUAUAAAUAAGCAUUGACAUAAAACGUGUACCGCUAAUAACUCUAUAACAGUGUUGCUUUCUCAACUUUGGUUCAGCAUGUGUUGAGAUAUAGACAUGCUAUUCAAUUAUAAAAUUUAUGACAGUUGUUAAAGAAUUAGUGAUGAACAGACGCCAUCUACAUGUGGGUUGAAACAAAUUGUACUUGUGAACUUUGGAUGCUUAUUCAUGCAGUAACCCGAAUGUUUUUUAUGGGAUUGUUUAAGC